AUGCGCACUGCAGUGACGGCUAUCGCCAUGGUGGCCUGGGCGGCUCUGAGCGUCCAGGCAGUGCCGUCGGCCAAGAACUUCAUCUACAUCGUUCCGGAUGGCUUCGGGCCGGCGUCGCAGACCAUGGCCAGGGACUACGUGUCCCUCAUCCAGAACGGCGAGAACCCUGACCGGCCGGUUGGGUUCCAGCUCCCGGGUGACAAGAUGGUUCUGGGCAACGUGCGGACACACGCCAGCGACGCGCUGGUUACCGACUCGGCAGCUUCGGGAACUGCAUUUGCCUGCGGUAUCAAGACUUAUAACGCAGCUAUCGGUGUCAACGACGCCGUCGAGCCUAUUGGCUCGAUCCUGGAGGCGGCGCAUCUCUCAGGCAUGAAGACCGGUCUGGUAGUCACCAGCACGAUCAACCACGCCACGCCGGCUUCCUACUCUGCUCAUGUUGCUCACAGAGACAUGUAUGCGGAUAUCGCCAAGCAUCAAAUCGGAUACAACCACCCAUUUGGCCCCUUUGUGGACAUUUUGAUGGGUGGUGGUCGGUGCUACUACAAGCCGCAAGGAGAGAGUGGCUCCUGCAGGCCUGACGACGCAGACCUCUUCGGCUUCGCGCAAGAGAAUGGUUACCACGUGAUGCAGAACCGCACCGCGUUUGACGCCCUCGACAAGGGUCUCGGGGACACCAACCUGCCGUUCAUCGGCCUGUUCAACGACGGUCAGAUGAUGUACGAGAUCGACAGGUCACGCAACCCGACGCAGGAGCCGUCGCUGCUGGAGAUGGCCGAGACGGCCAUCAACGCUCUGGACCGGGCGACGAGCUCAGGUGACAAGGGCUACUUCCUCAUGAUCGAGGCGUCCCGCAUCGACCACGCAGGCCACGCCAACGACCCUGCAUCGCACCUGUUCGACAUCAUCAUGUACAACGAGGUGCUGGAGUACGUGCAAAAGUGGAUCGACGAGCACCCCGACACGAUGCUCAUGUCGGCGGCGGAUCACGAAUGCGGCGCCCUGACGCUCCCGGGGUACAACCCCCUGCCGAUGAAGGCGGCCACGGCGUCGACCGAGGCGCUGGUCAGGCGCUACGAUGAGUUUUCCGGCGACAAGCGGGCAUUCCUGCGGUCCGAGAUCCUGCCUGCGUACGGCCUGGCCGACGCCACCGACGCCGAGUUCAACACCCUGCUGUCCUCAGGCAACCUGGGAUCCGAGAUGGGCAACCUGCUCGCGUCGCGGGCGGGCAUCCACUGGGCUUCGGGCGGGCACUCGGCGGUCGACGUGGUCCUGUACGGAUACGCGUCCAGCGACAAGCUCGCCGAGUACAAGGCCAGCAUGGCGGGCAACCACGACAACACUGCCCUGCCCAAGUUUGUCGAGCAGGUCCUGGGUAUCGACAUGUCGGCAGCCACCGAGCUGAUCCGCGCCAACGCCACCGAGGGCUGGAUGGGCACGCCACCGACCAACUUUAGGACGAGCACGCAUGCGCAUGGCGACCACGACCCCACGCACCAACAGAUGCUGCCUCUGUUUCGUUAA